GGGAAUGCAAUUAUGAUAUUGACACUGAUUCAGUAAAUAGCAUUUGUUUGUAUUAACAGGCAACACAAAAAAAUUCAAAAUUGAUACAAGCAGAUGAAUAAACGGACGGACUGGAAGCAGAGUGAAAGAAAUCUGGGUUUGCUACUGGGGAGGAAACGGCAGUGGUAUGGAGAGCAAGGUCACUUUCAACAUGGAGAGUGGAGCAGGAAGGCACUGGACUGAAGAGGAGGUUAAAGCCUUGUUAAGCGUCUGGUCAGAAAAAAACAUCAGAAAACAGCUCCAUGGAACACUAAGGAAUAAAGGGAUAUUUAUUUACAUUGCUAAAAGGCUACAGGAGUUGGGGAUCUGCAGAGACUGGAAACAAUGUCGUGCAAAGUAUAAAAACCUGAAAUAUGAAUAUAGGACAGUUAAAUAUGCCCACAGUUCUGGAGAUGCCACAAAGACCAUGAAGUUUUUUCAUGAACUGGAUGCCAUAUUGGAACAUGAACCUGUCACACAGUUAACAGAGGAAGAAAACGGCAGGUGUUCAGCAAAUGACAUCAUUAGUGGCACCAGAGAGAACAAUGAAGGCGAAGUCUCAAUUACACUAGAGGAUGAGGAAGAUGUUCCUGAAAAUCCACUACUCUUUAUUUCUCACUGCAGGCCUAUUCAGCUAGGUAACUCAACGGUAAUACUAGACACUUCAAAAAAUCUGCCUUUCAUUCCAUCUGUAGCAAACGAAGGAGGAAAGCACUGGACUGUUAAUGAAGUUAGAGCUCUAAUACGUGUGUGGUCAGACAAAAGCAUCCAGCAACAACUAGAGGGAACAGUGCGAAACAAAAGAAUAUUUGAACAUGUUGCUGCUAGACUCCAAAAAUUUGGGAUUGAAAGGGACUGGAAGCAAUGCAGAACAAAAUACAAAAAUCUGAAACAUGAAUACAAGAGUGUUAAAGAUGCCAGAUAUUCAGGCAACACAAGCAAGAGUAUGAAGUUUUUUAGAGAGCUGGAUGCUAUUUUGGGACAUGGCAAUGCGGACAAAAGCAGCAGAUUAGAUCAUGGCAACAGUGAGAAGCCUGUACAAUGGACGGACACGACGACAGAAAAGAACUUCAGAGCAUUACAUCAAGAUGCUGAUAUAAAGGACUUACUUAGCAAUACAGCAGGAGACCUCAGGCUCACAGAAACAAGGAAGGCAACAGAUGCAGCACUCCACAGCACAGUAGAGAAAGAGAACUAUGUAAAUGGUCAUUUGGAAGAGCAAGUUACCACACACACAAAGGAAGAUAUAAAAGAAGAAGCGACUGAUGUAGCAGUCCCUGAGGAUGACGACUCCAUUAAUACUACUCUAGAAGGCACAGAGUUCCCACACAUAAAGCAAGAGCCAAUUGACAUAGAUGAUGAUUCUAUCACUACAACCUCAGAGGAUGAAUCUGGACUUUCACUAUAUAAAAACAUACCUGGGGCACACAAUCACAUGUCCUUGGAUGAAGCACAGAAUCAUUUUAGAGUUAUUACUAUUAAUGAUACAGGAGCAGGAAAGCACUGGUGUGACAAUGAAGUCAGAGCUCUAAUAAAUAUAUGGUCAGAUGAAGAAAUACAACAAAUGCUUGAAGGAGCAACAAGAAAUAAAGAGAUAUUUGAGGAAAUUGCAAGAAGAUUGAUGAAAAUUGGAAUAGACAGAGAUUGGAAGCAGUGCCGGACAAAGUAUAAGAAUCUGAAAUACGAAUACCGUGCAUUGCAAAAAGAAAAUGAUCAGCAUGGGAAUGCAAAAAGGAAGAUGAGGUUUUAUGAUGAGAUUGACUGCAUCUUGCGAAACCAUCCUGCAGGUAUACAAAACUCCACUGGGAGAAACUACUCUUGUUUUAAAUACAGUAAUAUCUUGGUUUACAAACGCCUCGGUUAACAU